AUGAUAGUCUUUAUGAUGAUAAGGAUUACUUCUUUAUUGUUAGUUUAAUUGUGUCUCUAAAAGAUCACAAUGAUUAUUUGGAAGAAGUGCAGGAGACAAUGGCGAGAGGGAAUUCAGUGACUUGCCUUAGUGAAGCUCCUCGAAUCAACUCCUGCAGGAUGGAGGGCAUUGAUCCUACUCGCUCUUUUGUUAAGGAUGUCAAGCAUUUGGGUAUUCAGGUUGGGGCUGCUGUUGUUACUCCAAAUGAUGGAAUAUGAGCAGUUGAUAGAUUCUUUUCAUCAUGUGAACAGGCAUGUAAUUUCUCAAUGUUGCAACAGAACUGGGUUGUUUUCUUUGUUUCAUUCAAUGGCUGUUAAACUGUUGAAUCGAAUACAGGUUAAAGAAUUGA